AUGAAUAGAGCAAACCUUAUGAAUAUGCUCACUAGAGAUGGAAUGGGAAUGGAGAAGGUUACAGAUGCCACCCAUCUACCAGAUACAGCAGAGACAAUUCAGAUAUCAUCAUUGGCAUUGCUAAAGAUGUUACAGCAUGCUAGAGCAGGUGUACCACUGGAGGUUAUGGGUUUGAUGCUUGGUGAAUUCGUUGAUGAGUAUACUAUUAGAGUUAUUGAUGUGUUUGCUAUGCCACAGAGCGGUACUAGUGUCAGUGUAGAGGCCAUCGACCCAGUGUUCCAAACAAAGAUGCUCGAUAUGCUCAAGCAAACAGGUAGAAACGAGAUUGUUAUUGGAUGGUAUCACAGUCAUCCAGGCUUUGGCUGUUGGUUGUCGGCCGUCGACGUCAACACUCAACAGAGCUUUGAGCAGCUGCAGUCGAGAGCCGUGGCCUUGGUCGUCGACCCACUGCAGUCUGUCAGAGGAAAGGUCGUCGUCGAUGCCUUUAGAACCAUAAAGACGUCGCCAGCUGUCGAGCCCAGACAGAUCACAUCCAACAUUGGUCAUCUGCAGGAUGCCUCCAUCCAGGCCCUGAUCCACGGACUCAACCGUGGCUACUACUCAAUCGCCAUCAGCUACAGCAAGAACGAGCUGGAGGAGAAGAUGUUGCUGAACCUUCACAAGAAGAAGUGGACCGAUGGUCUUAACCUCGAGAAGUUUGAUGUCCACAACCAGAACAACGAGAAGAAGCUCAAUGACCUGUUGGAGUUGACCAAGUCAUACCACAAAGCGCUGCAAGAGGAGGACAAGAUCGAUCCAGAGAAGAAGGAUAUCCACACUGUGGGCAAGCUUGAUGCCAAGAAGCAUCUUGUUUCCGAUGUACAUUCUUUGAUGGCUCACAACGUCGUCAGAGUGUUGACCGUCAUGCUGGACACUACUACAUUC